AUGAGCGAGACCAUCGAUCCUCUCGACGUCUCUCUGAGGGACUUCGAGCAUCCUCUCAGCCCGCAGUUCUCGCGCCACUCGAUGGCCCCCAGCGAGCCGGCGACAGCAACAGACGGCGAAGACGAGGAGUACGACCGGGAGAGCAGUCAUCACCCAAACUCGGAGAUCGGUUCCGUAGGUGGCUACUCACCACCGGCGUGGCGGAGACUCGGAAACGGAAGUCGCAGCAGCGGCUUCUGGAGACCCCCGCCCGUUAAUACAUUUGCGCCCUUGCCGUUCCUCCGGGAGACAUCGCCGGGUCUCGAUGAAGAGUUGGACGAUCCUAGCGAUGAUGAUGAUCCGGUAUUGAUGAAGGCAAUUAGGACCCAAUUACCGCGGGGCAGCAUGAGCCCAGAGAAGGGGAGGAGUGUCAGUCCUGAGAGGACAGAAGAUAUUACCUUGAAAGUCAAUCAAAUCGUUCCACGCGCCAAGUCCGCUCCUCUUGAAACACCAUCGGAAAAUUGUGAGUGUUUGUUUGCUGCAAUCGCCAUCUUCUUGUUACCCUGCCCACAUAUUCGCUUCGCAGUUCGAGCAGAAGUACAACAUCGCACUGAACCUAUCGAAUCAGCUAUUUCCUUUAUUCGAAAGAAGUAUACCGCACUUACUGCUACAUGGACCUCGACAAUUUUCUCCAUCAUCGUCCUCAUGUUUAGCAUCUCCGCUCUCAAAUCUCUGGUGCAACCAGCUGCUCCCCGCCCUGCUGGUGACUUGGUAAAGGUUGCCGGCGUCGCGCGAUCGUUUGAACCCCUCAUAUACUACUCUGAGUAUGCUGUAACGCAAAUCCACGACCUCCAGGCUACUAGCAUUGCCGUGUGGGACCUUGGCGAAAGUGUACGGUUAAGUGACAUGAAGGAUGCUGCCAGCAUCGUGGCCGACCUUGAUACGCUAAGUAGCACAAUGAAGGUUCUGGCAGAAGAGAUGACACGCUUUUUUGCCAGAGUUGAUGGCGACAUCGAUGCAAUUCUCAACGUGAUGGACUGGGCUAGGAUGCAUCUCAAUCGCUUCCACAGUUCCCCAACCCCUUCCACCCUCUCCUCUGCCUAUGACAAUGUCCACAACAUUCUCUGUCAGGCCAACAUCCUCGAGGAUUCUACGGGAGCCCUCACGCCGCUUGGCCAGAUAGCCUCGUGGGUCUUCGGUCCAUCCAACCCCCAGCGCGAACAGCGCAUGGUUCAAUUCCUCUUCCGCGAAUUCCUCGCCGUGCUCGAGGACUCCAUCCAAUCGGAGCUCCAACAUUCCGCCACCCUCUUCGCUCUAUUCGAGACGGUCGACCGCCACUUCCUGAACCUUGCCCGCACGGUUGUCCGCGAAUCCUCUGUCCAAGAAGAGCUCUACACCGACCUCCUCUCAGGUCUCUGGGCCCGCAUGGUCGGCCCUCAGGCCGCCCAGGUCCGCAAGUUCGAACAGAACCGCCUCCUACUUGGAGACGUCCGCCGCAAGACUGUCCACAACAAGGCCGUCCUCGUCGACCACAACGGGAAGCUCCUCACCCUCCAGGCGUCGCUCGAGUCCCUCCGCGGGAAGCUCUUCUCCCCCCUCGUCCGCGGCGUCAACUCGACCAUCCUCUCCCUCGAAGAUCAGAUGAAAGGCAUCACCGAGGCAAGCGAUCACCUUUCUGGAAUACGAAGACAGCAGAAGAGUAAGGUCAUGGAAACUCUCUACGGGACCAUGCCGGGCCGCAGGCAUUCGAUUGGAUAUGACGGUGGGCAGCCCAACGAGAGGAAGCUGGCGCCCAAUAGUGGCUGGGAGAGAUGA